AUGAAUUUACAGCAAAUAAUUAUUUUACUUGUUCUGUGUCUUUCAACUCAAGUUUGUUGGUGCUUUGAAGAUGACAAUAAUGAUGAGCAACUUGGAGAUUUUGAAAUUGGAGAAGCGUUUGAUGAAGAUAUUGAAACAUUUGACAAUUUACAUGAUGUGAAGGGCGAGGAUACUCUCAAAGAAGAUAUUUUACAAGACUAUCAAAAUUUGGAUGUUGGAAAACGAAAUUUUAAUUCUGAUGUUACUCUUGGCUAUGUGACACCGUGGAAUAAUCAUGGUUAUGAUGUUGCAAAAUGGGCAGCGCAAAAAUUUACACAUAUUUCACCUGUUUGGUUUCAAUUAAAAAGUGCUGGAAGUCCUAUAGAAGAUGCUCCUUUAUUUUGUCAAAUAACUGGGACACAUGAUAUUGAUUCAGGUUGGAUGGAUGACAUUCGCAAAAAUAAUUCAAAAGUAAAAAUUGUUCCCCGUUUUUUAUUUGAAGCUUGGCCUGUAGAAGAUUUGAAAAAAUUUCUUUAUAGUGAAGAAGUACAAAGAAGAUGUGUUAAAGAUAUUAUUAGAUUACUUCAGAAAAAUCAAAUGGAUGGUGCAGUAAUUGAAAUUUGGGUUCAAAUAAUGUCAAUGACAAGAGGUUCUGCUGUUGAAUAUUUAUUGGAAAUUAUUGAAUCUUGGUCAAAAGAAUUUCAUAAAUAUGGGCUUGAAUUUAUUCUUCCAAUGAUGCCUGCAUUGGAUGCAAAUUAUGAAGAAACAGGAAUUGUUAACAGAGAAGUUAUGAGACGGUUAAUGUCAAGUGUUGAUUAUUUAAAUGUUAUGACUUAUGAUUACAAUAGUCCUCAAAUUUCUGGUGUUGCACCAUAUGACUGGGUCAAAGCAAAUCUUCAAUAUUUUAUUGAUUCUUCAGAAGAUUAUUUUGAAAGUUCAACAAAAAUAUUAAUGGGUUUAAAUUUUUAUGGUUAUGAUAGAUCUGGUAGUUCAAGUGAAGCUGUGCUUUCUAAAAAAUUUAUUGAAUUACUUUCUGAUGGAGAUUCUGUUAUUUCUUUUGAUGAAAAUGAUGGAGAACACAAACUUAUUUUUGGGUAUUUUUUUGAAUUCUUUAUUAAAAAUAUGUUCUCUUUAAAAAGAAAAUAUGGCAUUAUUUAUUAUCCAACAAAACAGUCAAUUAAAUUACGUUUAAAUUUGGCAAUAGAAUUGGGAAUUGGUGGUGUUGCAAUAUGGGAUUUGGGACAGGUGGGGAAAUUUAAUUUUUUUUCAAUUUUAAAAAUUUUUUUAAAAAUUAAAUAA